GACAUUCAGUGUGCUGCAAGCACUCUCUUUUUGCAAACACAAACAUAUGGCCACACACACAGUUACAGAUUACAGAUUGAUGACAGACGACCAAGAAUACGGUUCAGGGCAGCCGACGCCUCAAAUGGAUUACGUACCACAUAUCAUUUGGCAUCCGACUCAGGUUAACUCGGGUUUUACAGGCGUCUCUCCAAUCCCGCACGUCGCACAUCGUCGAUCUUAAUCCUGUUUUGGGAACUUGCAUCACUGUCACCUCUCCAAUCGUCUAAACUCAAUCAUCUAUCUCACUUCUCUUUUUACCUUUCUCCAUAGAUAACCUCAAGCAUUCGACCUUUUCGAUUAUCGCAAUCGAUCUCUUCAUCGUUAGCUUAACAACAGCGCCUCUAAUAUCUUUUGGCAAGUGGCAGGAGGAAUCCAGCACUUGGGCUUUGACAAUCCUAGGGGAGUCAUUACCUUGCCUUCGGUGCGAGCACUUGUUGUUCUCGUAACGGGUUGAUUAUAUAUAUGGAGCUGGACGGUUGGCCAAGGCACCGCGAGCUCCACACAUUGCAUGUGCUGAGUUAAACUCUUUUUCCGGACGGUUUCAACAUUUUGUCAAGCAUUCCAUCUAGGAGUAUAUCGCUCCUUCUUCUUCAAUCCCGACAUCCUUUUUUAAACCUUUUUAUCCAUCAUGCCUUUAUCCUUAACUGCGCGUUCUCUUACUUCGCCAUCGGCUAUGUCUGGAGAGUAUCCUCAAACGCUAUCUCUUUUAGUGCUCCUUCCAUCAACCUCAAGCUCCCAAGCAGAGAUUCUUACGCCAUAUCGGCCUAACCCUCUAACAACCAGAUCAUCCAGUCCCAAAGUGCCAACAGUACUGAGCUUGACAAAGAGUGGAAACGGAGACCAAGGAGGAGAUGGAGUAGUGCAUGCAGAGGAACUCAAGGCUAAGGUGAUGGCAGGUAGACGACUAAGUCUCGGUUCAAGUCUGGGAUCAGACAUCAACUUAUCGAUAGGAGAGGAGACGAUGUCUGCCAACGUCAUCCCUGUUGGAAUAAACCAGCCCAGUAGAGUGGCAACAUUACAUGACAUGCCUCCUUUUUCGCCGAUAGUGUCGCCCACUUCAAGCAUCCCUCCUCCAAUUACAAAAGACCCUUCCUCGAAUUUGAACACGCCUCCUUUUGGUUACAGUUCACGUUCAGGCUCAGGUGGCGGCGCCCAUUCACGUCGUCGGCGACCUCAGACAGCUUCUGGGACUGCAAACGACAUAGCACCGGCCCUCAUCAAGGAGACGGCCAAUGCUAGAUCCAGCCUGGCGAUGGUAAGCGGAGCGGUCAAGGGGAGAGGGAAGGCGAGGCCCGGAUGGGAAGCUGAUGAGCUUGUGGGUCAUCUACGGGAAAGCGGUUUGGAAGUCACCGUGGUCCACACUCUGUCCCAUCUCACCUCCCUCAUAGACCCUGCGGUCUCUCCCUCCGCCCACCCAAUUAUCACCCGCCCCGCAGACCCCGCAGAGCCUGUUACGCACGUAAUCCUUGUCCCUCUCGCCGAUUCCCCAGCCUUCCCUUCUCUUUCUCUGCUCUUGAACAGCGGCACAACUCCCUCGGCCGUUUGUUUCCAGCAAGAUAUCUUGGAAAGAGCUGUACGCGCAGAAGAGCAGUGGCUCAAAGGCGCUUUGGCACAGAUCAAACGAGUGGCCGACAUGUGUACAAAGCAUCGGUCUCCCCUCUCUUCAGCAACGUCCACUGCUCGCCCUUCACCUGUUGCUUCUGGCCCUGGUAGUCCCACUGAGGCACCUGCGCCGCUUAUCAUCGCAUACAGUGCCAACCCAUCCCUUUCUCAGUCUGCGAUAUCGUCUUGCAUUGCUGCUGGCGUGAUUGGUGUGCUGAAGCCCCCGUACGAUUUGAGCACUGCCGAGAUGGUGCGCAGGAUGGUCCAAUCGUACAAGAAGGGCGAGCUACCUGUCGCUUUCCAAUCACCCUUUGAUACGUCCUCACCGUAUGAUAUAACAGCCUCUCGUUUCUCAAUCUCCCCCGGAGGAGGUUCUGACGAAACCACCACUGUUGUACUACCGCCGACUGCAUUAGACAUGGGUGCAGAGCAUGAAGGAGAGAAGGUCUUAGCGGCAGCAAUGGGUCCACGACAGGGUUCCAGCGAAGCUUGGAAUUGGGCUCGGAAUGAAAAGCGAUCAUCAUUCUCUCAAAGAACGUCAACCUCGCGAGAGUCACAAAACGCUUCUCGCAAAGGAUCCACUGUCUCAGGAAUCGCUUUCGCCUCUGCUGAUCCUUUUGCUGCCAGCUGUGCUUGCAAUAGCCCCUCCUCUCAACAUUUGCGACCGGAUCAACAAACCCCGCCCAUGUACCAGCAAUCGCCAACUAUGCCAACAUACAAACACCCGGAAAUUUCCCUACCGCCUGCUCCACAGUACACAUACCCUUAUCUGUUCUAUCAAGCGCCAUCUUUUUGCGUUUUCCAUCCUGCUCCGGAUCCGCGUAGGCGAAGUGUAGAUAUUGGUGGUUUGGCAGAGGCCAUAAAGAGAGCAUCUCGAUUAUACGAGGCUAGUCAUCCCAUUUUAUCGGGAUCACGAGCUUCAAGCAUCCAGCCUCAAGGAUUCAAACAUGCACAAAUGCACGAAGACUACUCCUUCCCUUCAGCCGCUUCACCGACAUCUUCUGCGAACCCCAAAUCAUCCCUCAGUUCAAGCCAGGAGACACACUCAAGCGAUGAGAAUGACGCUUGGGGCAAAUACACCGAGUUGGCAGAGCUCCUUAGUGCUAUGUACUGCCACACAGGGACAACUAUUGAUAUUCAAAUGGAGGAAUUUGAGAAAUUCUCCAACCCAUUAACCCCAAAAAAGAGGUCGCAACUUGUCGAGCCGCAUUAUCUCCACGAAGAUGAUCUUUAUCGAAUGGCUUGUUUGAUCUUUGAAGGGAUUUUGAAUAUAGAAGGUCUGGCUGAACUUGGUCUUCAACAAGACAAUGUCAACCGUCUUUUGUUCGCGAUGCGAGCCAUCUAUCACGCGCCAAAUCCCUAUCACAAUUAUGUCCAUGCGUUAGAUGUCUUACAAGCCACAUACACCUUCCUUGCGGAUUUAGGUGUCGCACCGCCAUUUGAAUACAUGCGCGAAUGGGGUCCAAACAAGGAGAUAUGGCGAAGGCCAUCAGAAAAUGAGGAUGAAAGAAGUGCUGGUACCAAGAGGGCAAGAGAAAUUAUGCGACCGCAAGAUAUUUUAGCUGUGCUGAUUGCUGCUAUGGGACAUGAUGUCGGCCACCCUGGUCUCAGUAAUGCUUUCAUGAAAAACGCAAGAGUACCUCUAUCGCAAGUGUAUGAGGAUAAAUCGGUUCUUGAAAACAUGCACUGCAUGCUUGUUGUGCAGUUGCUCCGCAAAUAUGGUUUUGGCUUCUUGAUUGAACGCACAAAAUCCUCAUCUGGGGAGCAGGCGGUGUCCAAUCUGGAUCAGAAGAGUUUCCGACAAGUCCUUUAUUCGUCUAUCCUUGCCACAGACAUGUCGCUUCACUUUGCUUGGGUCCAAAGACUCAAGGAAUUUGAUGAUAGGUUGAAAUCUGGGGAGGCGGGUGCUGUAGAGGACGAGAGGAUUUUGAUCUGUCAAGCUUUAAUCAAGUGUGCAGAUAUUAGCAACCCUAGCCGACCAAUUGACGUGUCGCAACAUUGGUCCUCUGUUCUGCUUGAAGAAUGGGCCAAACAAGCAUCGCUUGAACAGGAUCUUUCACUUCCAGUGUCAGUUGUUGCAUCAGCAGACGCUGCGCUCCAGGCCAAGGGCCAAAUUGGUUUCAUUGAUCUGUUCACGAAACCACUGUUCCAGGCGGUGUCUGAUGCGUUGCCCGAGCUCCAACCUUAUGCUGAUAGCUGCAUGGAGAAUCAGACGAUAUGGAAAGCAAGACUGGCUGAAUUGACGGAGAAGGAAGGCGAGGAAGGGGAGGCAGUGAGGACAUUAAUCCAACCGGCGGUGGAGGGCGCAAGUCAAGACGAAAGAUUCAAGACCCUGUUCCCCUUGCUUCUCCCCACGCCGCUAGUCUCUGGCCUCUCUGGGCCUGAAGAUACAUUACUCAAGCGUUCUUCAUCUAUCCCGUCGCCUACAGCCGCCAUGACGUCGUUUGCUCCUCACACGCCAUCCAUGUUCAAUUUCGGCAUUGAUUUAACGGAGCAAACUGGUGCAUCUCCUGCCGCCAGCGUCAUGCGCGCAGUCUACCACGCAAAGCUAGUCGACCAAGGUUCGCGUUCGAGAUUGGCUAGCUGGUCGAGAGGUUUCGUACAUGGAGAUUGGAACGAGCACAGGAGGAUGUCGACGCCAGACAUCUUGACCAGUAGUAACCAUCUAUGAAAAAGGGAUCAAAAUACGCACGGAAAAUUUCCAAAUUGAGGUACUGGAGGCACAGUUGUAUGAGUAUAUUUGGUUGCUUCAUCUUUGGAGUAUAUUUUGUGAUUGUAUGUAGCAUAUUUAUGGAUUUUUUUUCUC